ACUAAAAAAGUGCUGCGUGUCGCGGUGGGCGUGGUCUACAGAACAGAGGAAGUACAGAUGAGAUCAGAACAUUAAUUUAAAAAAAAGAAUAUUAGAGGAGCUGUGAGACCAAAGUUACUAAAGUAUCCAAUCCAAUGAAUGUUGCUCGAGUGAUUCUUGUUCUAGUCUUCUGCACCUUUUUCACAGCAUCUUACUUCACAAAUAAGUAUGUCCUGUCUAUCUUAAAGUUUACAUUUCCAACCAUUUUUCAGGGUUGGCAGACCUCCGCUGGGACUCUACUGCUAUUGGUUACAUGGAAACUGGGCUGGGUUGAAAUCAAUGGCUUUUCCAGAUCUGCAGCUUUUUCCCAGCUUCCUGGGUCCUUCUUGUUCAUUGGUAAUAUUUAUGCGGGGUCCAAAGCACUGUCACUUUUGCCAAUUCCUUUUUUCUUCGUGUUUCAAAAUGUCUCAGAAGUCUUAGCUUUUCUCAUCAGAACAGCAACUCACAGAGAGAAACCACCAUGGAUGAAAUUAAUAAGUAAAAAUCUCCAUUUCAUAUGUCCUCUUUAUGGUUCUAUAUGUCUCACCUCUCAGUUUGGUCCCAGUGGCUACACAUGGGCAUCCAUCCAUCUGUUCUGUGUUGGUGGAUACAAAGUAUUCCAGAAGAACACAAAGACAAUCCUUCUGAGUGAUCUUGAAGAGCAGUUCAUCAAUUACCUGACCAGUGCAUUGUUACUUGCCUCUCUUGCAUACUCGACAGGUGAUCUGUCCGGUGCCUUAGAUUUCCCUCUCCUGACUUCAUACAGGUUCUAUACUGGCUGCUUGGGGAGUGCUAUAUUCAGCUUUUGUCUAAUGUUGGCAACCGUGAAAUUGAAGGGCAGUCUGUCUCAGGAGCACUGUGGGAUAUGGUUCUUCUUGGCUAAGAUACUGGCAUCAGGUAUUUCCCUGUUACUUUCCAUAUUCCAUGCUGUGCUCAGCCCCGUCACUCUGUGCUGCAUCAUCCUGAACUAUGCUGGGGAGGCCUUGUUUUUGUAUUCAGAGAGAUUCCAUUAAGUUUGUUGAAGAAUUUGGCCAGUGCCUUUGAAGAUUUUCCUCUCCAAUUCUGUAUAGGGGCUUUAGAAAUUGACCAAAGACAAUUGCCUCAAUGAGAUUAUUUUCACCUUUUUUUUUACUUUUUUUUUGUGUGCUUAUUUUGAGUUGCAUAUGGAAGCUUGUUUCUGCCACAAGAUAGAUAAAUAAAUAAAACAUUUUUGAUUCUUUUCUUGCAGUUCUGAGUUUGUAUUUCACAAUUCUCUUAAAACAAAUUUAAUCUUAACUUGCAAUAUCAAGGUAUAAAUGUGCAAUUUUGAUAAGAAAAUACUGAUUUGUGAUUUGUAAAAGUUACAUUUACCUUAUUAUUCUGUGGUAAAAAAGUAAAAUUCAAACUCAGAAUUGAGAGAAAGUCAGAACAUCUCGCUGGUUUCUGACUUUUGUUUUCACAAUUGCAAGAAAAAGUCAGACUGUAAUUGUGAGAUAUAAUCUCUGCAAGAAAAAAGUUAAUUGUGAGAUGAAAAGUCGCAGUUACCUUUUUAUUUAUUUGUUAUUCCAUGGUGGAAACAUGCUUCCAUAGUUAAAUGUAAAACCAGAACUAGCAGGACAAAAAGCAGGUGUUUACCAUUUACCAUAUUUCUUUUACAUUUAAUAUGGCCAGUUUAUUUUAGUCACUUGAUUUAGAUUUUCUGUUUUGCACUUAUUACGCAUUUUCUCCAGCAACAUUUGUAAUUGCUGUAAGUGUUCAACCUUUUGCACAUCAUUGUCCUGCAGUGUUUACUUUUGAGAGUCCUUGAUCAUAUCCUGAAUACUGUCACACCGUACAUCAGUACUCUGUAUGAGAGUCAGGAAGAUAGCAUUGGUACAUGAGCCCCCUGUAACUCUCAUGUAGGAUUGAAAAAAUAUAUUUUUACAUAAUGGCAACCCCCAUACACAUGUUAGUGUUAUUUAUAAAAGCUGUUUGUUACCCAUAUUUAACAUUCUUCAUAAUUAUUGCAGGUUGGUUGACGGUUAUAAUAUUUUUUAAGGGAACAUUUACUGUAUUUUGAAGCAACAUUUAAGAUAUUGUAUUUCUAAAGCUUCUAUUAUGAAACUGACCCAAGUAUUAAAUUAUGAAAAACGUUUCUUUGAAUCAGUUUUUGCAAUACUAAAUAAAAGAUUUCCAUUGAC